CGGGGGCAGGCAGGGAGACAGUAUCAACUGCCUCUGUUUUUCGCCGUUCGGUGUCUCUCAGUCUUCUCGCUCCACAGACACUCUUCCCUCUUAAGCACCGUGCUCCUCUCUGAACGCUCCUCACAGGCCUCAGGGUUCCCCCUCUAGCAUCAUGCUCCCUCGAGUCAUCAGCAUCCUCCUACUCUGCCUGUCGGCUGGGAUGGCUGCCACUCUCAUCCACGCCACUGUGGACGGAGCCUCCGUGGAAAGCCCUGCGGAUGCUGGGGUGAUUCCUAGUGAUCCUCCUGCAGAGGAACCUCUCAGCGCUGAUCCAUUCAAGGCUGAGGUUGGAGCUGAAGCUGAAGUUGCUGACGGUCACACUGAAGGAAACUUGGUAGAGGACGCCCUGGCUGGUGAAACUCCCGAGGUUAACCCUGCUGAUCCCGAAGUUCCUGCGGUCGAGUCCCAUGUCAAUGACAUUCCAAUGGCUGAAGACAAAGCUGCUGAGCAGGGAGCUGCUGCAGCCGCAGCUGAGGACGAGGAGGAAGACUCAGAGUGGGGGUUCGGCUCCAUUAGAGACAGCUUCCAGACCGUCAACAGCUACUUUGACUCAGUCGUGGAACUCAUGGGUGGUCGGAAUGGAGUGUGUCAAUACCGUUGCCGAUUUGGGAAAGCACCCCAGGCCCGACCUGGCUACACCAUUCCCGAACCCAAUGGCUGCAGCUCCUCCCUGCUGGGUUUCCAGGUACCUGACAGUUUUGAUAUGGGAAUUCCCGCCAUGACCAAAUGCUGUAACCAGCUUGACAUUUGCUACGACACCUGUGGUUCCAACAAGUACCGCUGCGACUCCAAAUUCCGCUGGUGUCUCCAUGGCAUCUGCUCCGACCUCAAAAAGAGUCUCGGCUUCGUGUCAAAGGUGGAAACCUGUGAGUCAGUGGCAGAUGCUCUGUAUAAUACAGUGUGGACUCUGGGCUGUAGGCCCUUCAUGAACAGCCAGAGGGCAGCGUGUUUAUGCGAGGGGGAGGAGAAGGACGAGCUGUAGAGCCUUUCAGCUCACAGUCUCCCAAGCAAAACUCAGGAACACAGCGACAAACGGCGAUCAAAAUACAGGCUCAGAGAGCACUGUGUGUCUGUCUGUGUCUGUCUGUCUGUGUGUGUGUGUGUGUGUGUGCGCGUGCAUGCGUGCGUGCAUGUUGCAUCAGUAUUAAAUGAGAACAGUCAUGGCACAGGAAACUACCUUUGAACAAAACAUGGACAAAACACAGUGCAUUUGGUAUGCACACACACUGAAUGGUUGGAGUUAUACUGUAAAGACCACAUGUAUACUCCUGUCAUUUUAAAACAUUACAGCACCACAACAAACAACUCACCAUGUCUAAGUCACUAAAUGAGCUCUAGAUGUAAAAUAUGUAAUUUAUUAUAAGGGAACACCUUGUUCCAACCAAGUUUUCAGUCAUCUUUUUUCUUUACCUGGUUACAAAUAACAAAACAGGUACUAUCACAAAUGCAAAAAUACUUUUCUUUUAAGUUAUUGAGCGUUCAAUACAGUUUUCUGGGAUAAUUUUCAUGGACUGAAAUGAUAACUUCACAUACAAUACGCUAUUUAUCAACUUCUUUGGUUUUAAAAUAUGACACAAUUUACUUGAAAUUCUCAAAAAAAAUAAUAUAUUUAAAUUGAACUGUAUACUACAUUGUGGUUGUAAAUGGGAUUAGUAAAAGGACAAUGAAAUACUGUUUCAGUUUUUUUCUGUUACUAAAUUUGUCAUUUUACAAACAUGUCUGACAUAAAAAGUUGUGAUAUCAUGGUAUGAAACACAUUUUAUCUUAAAUAUUCAUUUUUAAAACAGCUCAACAAACACAGUGUAUUACAUAUGAAGAUACAUUUAUAUGUUUAUUUAGGCAUUAAAAAUGCAGCUAAUAUAUAUUCUACAGUAACUUAUAAUAUUACAAUCUGAAUUGCUGAGAAUAAAAUGCCCAAGUAAUCAGACCUGAGAAAUGCUGAGAA